GCAACGUCCGAAAUCAGCGAAAGAAGGGGAGUAUUCAGAGAGUAGCAUUUGGUAGGGAAGCUGGAGAAGGAAAGGAGGAGAAGAGAGAAAAGAAGAAAGACGGGACGAGAGAGAUUUUAAAGCUGGUUAAAUUAGUUUUUAUAUUACAUUGAAUUGUACCAUAACUUGUUAGAUACAAAUUUUGUAUUAUCGUACUUGCUCAUUUUUUACAAUUACUUAAUUGAAAAGACUGAAACCGAUCGCCUUAGGCCAUUUCUACAACCCGAAAAAGACUCAAGACUUAAAAAACAUCACCGGUCACUUUUUAGUUUUAGCUAAAGCAAGAAGAUUAUUGGAAGACAAAGAAAGCAUACAAAUCAACAGCUUUUGUGUAAGAUUUUUACUCGUAUAUUUUUAUAUAAAAUAACGCAACAUCAGGACUUUGUAAAUAUUUGAACCGCUAUUUUCUAAGGUUACAAUAAUAAAUUAUUGAAAUUGUAGAAAGUUGCCAAAUGCCAUGCAAAUCAGUGACAGAAGAACAAUAACAUAUUGUGCUAUCAGAUUUUAAAUAGGUUUAGAAAGGUCUCAAAGACGGGGAAGACAAGAGUGCAUCCCUGAUCCCUCUCGGAGCUCCUUGUGGAUACCAGUGGACUAUGGCCGCAAUAACUAGCCCAGAAUCGAGCCCACAACCUCGGGUGUAUUUCCAGACGCCACCCGGUACCGAUGAAACCGAAAUUCCGGUUCGGAAACAAGGACGUGUCACCGUGAAAUACGAUCGAAAAGAACUGAGAAAAAGACUGAACCUGGAAGAAUGGAUUAUCGACCAGCUAACUGAUCUAUACGACUGUGAGGAGGAAGCCAUCCCAGAGCUGGAGAUUGAUGUCGACGAGCUGCUGGACUUGCCCAGCGAUGGGGAUCGAGCUUCCAGGGUCAAGGACUUGCUGGUGGACUGUUACAAACCUACUGAUGACUUUGUGACUGAGCUUCUGGACAAGAUCCGAGGCAUGCAGAAGCUCAGCACCCCUCAGAAGAAGUGAGCGCCCGUCCCUUGGUCCCGUGGCUCCGUGGCAUUGCUCCUACACGCCGGCGGGAGGACGGGGCUGCAGCGGUUCCCAUAACCCCCUGUGCUGAGUGGGAGCAACCAAGUGAGGAGUCCAGCCAAUCAGAUAUUUUGAGCAGGGUUUUUUUUUUACGUUACCUCGUCUCAUUUUUAUUUGUCUGAGGCAGUACGAUGUGUUUUGAUAUCUAUCUCUAUCCUUAUAUAUCUAUGUACUAUACGUCUAUAUAUGGAUGUAUAUACAUAUAGAUUUUUUAUAGAAUGCUGACAUAAAAGAUUAAAGUGUUUCAGUGAGCGAAGGACUGGUUCCAAUCCAUAAUUCAUACCGUACUGUACAGUUUGCAGACCCAUCAGCUAGACCCAGCAGCCAUGAUCAGUGUGCUAAAGUCACACAGCUAGACUGGGGCAUCAAGACUGACGUGGCCUUGUUUUAUUUAUUUUUGUUAUUUUUUAAAUCGCACGCAGCAAAGGGCUCCUUAAAGACACGGUGAUGUGUUUAUUAGUGGACUGAUGAACUGCUGGAUGGAGGUUUAUGUGUAGCGGGGGGGGUUGGUUUCACCCCUCCCUCAUCAUGGACUGUCGUUACACCUUCGUUGGCGACGGCUGAGGGCCAUACACUCACUGCCUUCUUAGCGUUCAGUAGGGAUGCUAAUGAGUGCGUGCCUGCAAACUCAACCUGAACGCCACCACCUUACCAGGCCAAGGCUCUCGGUUCCACCUUAGCUGGCUGGGUUUGACGGGGUUCAGGUGAGACGGCAGCCAUGGUACCAAAAUGCAGCCGAAUGAGGCCAUGAUGAACAUUCCACAAGUCGGCGAUUUUGUCCAGCUGAGCUAAAUGCUAAAGGCUAAAUGCUAAAGGCUAAAUGCUAAAGGCUAAAUGCUAAAGGCUAAAUGCUAAAGCUGUGCCACACUAACGGUACUAAAGAGGUGUAGAAAUGCACUUGAGCCAUAGAGGAGCUCUGGUACCGGCACAUGCAGUCUCAGGUUCCAGAAGAUUAGAGUUUGGUAAAGCACACAGGACUCACCCAGAACUCACAAAUUCCAUCACAUAUUCACUGUACUAAUAUGAAAUACAACUUAAGGAGUAUAUUUUAAAAUAGUGGUCCAAUAUAACAGAUAUAUCCAUUAUUAUUUAUGCAAUUCAAUACAUGCAUUAAGCUACAUAAAUCGAGGAAGCAAUAACAGAAGUUUAUAUUGAAUUGCACAUAAUUAGCAUAUGUUUCAAAUAUAAUCCUUACAUUUUUGAUUUCAUAUGACAGUGGUAUGAAUUAGGGGGCUGUUAUGAUCACAGACGCGAUGUGCACAUUACGAUUCUGAAAUAUCAUCUGGUCAAUGGAUGAUUUCUCUGCAACUUCUAAGCUUGUAAACUUUCUACUAACAUUUGGUUUAAAAAGGCAUUAGAACAAAUGGUAUAAUCUAAAUUAUUACACAUUUUUUUAUUGAGUGGUUCGUUCUUUUCAGAUCCCAUCAUUAUGUUACUUGGCAUUUUAAAGACAAGACAAUGCUUUUAGUUUGUUUCUGUUCUAAUUUAAUGAUUUUACUUCUUUUUCCUUUAAAGAAGCUUGUGUGACGUGGGGGUUUAUUAUGAGAGCAUAAGUAAACAAUUAUCCAACUAAAGAAUUGUGAAUCGUAUUUAACAGUAGCCAAGGCAAUUUGGAGCUCUUAUAAACCUGUUUCGUUGUGCCACUCGUGUGGUGCGGCAUGUUUAUAUUGUUUGUGGUAUCAGUUCCCUUUCAGAAUUGUUCAUAAAUUGCAAACAAAACUGCCAGACGAAAUGUCCCGUAGCAUCUACAGAGGGUUGAGAGCUGCUGUAUGUUUAAUACUGAAAGUCUGUACCUUGGUGUCUGCUCAGCAGUGCCACUGAUAAACAAAUCCAUUGUUUAUUCGUCUCCAGUUAUUCUGAUUUGUAGCCGGCCUGAUCCAUUGGCUCUGUUUACAGUCAGCUGUGCUAAAUCUUCCAAUGACUUCAGAAGAUGGGUGUGAAGGCACAUGUGAAAGAUCGCAUGCUUAUAAACACUCAGGGUCUUUGAGGGGUCUUGUGUCCGCCGACACCCCCUCCCCGCUCUCCCUCACACACAUAAAUCCCCAUACCGUUCAUCCCAACUCUUUCUCUUUUUUUUUGCAAAUAGCAAUUGUGCUAUUUUGUACUCGUGCCCUGAUAUUCGUGCUUGGGCCAAUCAGAGAUACGUGCUUGGGCCAAUCAGAGAUACAUGCUUGGGCCAAUCAGAGAUGAACACACGCAUUAACAGUGACAAGAAAAAGCAGUGUUCCAGUAUUACACCUGUGCAGUGCCGCGGCCUAAUCCCAGCCAAUGCGUCCUAACUCAACCCAAUCCAGGAAGGGAACCGAAGGGUAUCUCCAUGGUGAUAUUGAGGGACUGCAAACUCACACAUGCUGGCACCAUCCAAAAGGGCUCCAACCUCCCCUAAAUAGAGGUACUGAUGUCUAGCUGGUGCAGUAGGGGACCAACUACAGCCGGACGCAGAGAUCAGUGCCACUGGACGGAGUGGAGCCGUUCGAAAAGCAGUCAGCAAAUUUACCAGGACUUACUCCUCCUACCUUCUCUCAGGCCUCCCACUGGCCACACCUACCCUCUCUGCUCAUCUUCGGUCUCGCUCUUGUCCCAGCACUCUUAAACAGAUGUUGCCUUAGGUUUUACUGGUUUUAUUUAUGUUAUGGAAACCAAAAGGAGCAAGACAUUCAUCUAUAAAAUGUAACAAAAAAGAGGAGAACACGGUGUUAGGGAAGCUUCUGAAAACAAUCGUCACUCUUGUUACCGAUGCUUGUGACAACCUUUACAUUUUUAGGAGAAUGGAUAGAGAUUAGAUCUCUUUACAGUUUAUUGUUAGGUGCAAUUGUUCACGAUUUAUAUGAAUUGAUCGGUUUUUCCAGUGUUUUCCAGAUAGUGCUGUCAUAUUUUUUUUAUUGUACUUCAAAAACAAACAAAAAAAAAUUAGCACUGCUGUCUAGGGUCGUGUUUGGAAAAAAACAUCUUCAUGUAGCAAAAUUUACUGUCCUGUUUCCCAGUUUUGUUACGAUUUUAUGCAACUUUAAUAAAAAAAAGAUGCUGAACUCUA